AUGGAUGAGGUUAUAUCAGCUGAGUUACCGGAUCCAAUUAGAUUUCUAAAGUUGUAUAGUGUUGUUACCAAAUAUAUGAUUCAUGGUCCUUGUGGUUUUGAUAAAGAUGGUUAUCUAAUAUAUAGAAGGCGAAAUAUGGGGAUUACUUAUAAAAUAAAUGGUGUGGAUGUGGAUAAUCGAUUUGUUGUUCCUUAUAAUCCUAUGCUCCUUAUGAAAUAUCAAGCUCAUAUCAAUUUGGAGUUUGGGCCAGACCACGUCACUGCAUCAAUUAGAAAUGUACAAACUCAGAAAAAUGGUGGUCAAGAUGUUGAUGAGAUUAAGCAAUUCUAUGAUUGUCGCUAUCUAGCGCCUUGUGAAUCUGCUUGGAGACUAUUUGCAUUUGAUAUUCAUCAUAAGUGGCCAUCUGUUCAGCAGUUGAUAUUCCAUUUUCCUGGAAAGCAGAAUCUAUUAUUCACUGAUCAUGAUAAGAUUCCUGAAAUUAUUGAGAAGAACAAGUAUAACGAUACAAUGUUUACUACGUGGAUGCGAGCUAAUCUUAAGUUCCCGCAUGGUAAUCAGUUAUUAUAUUCUGAAUUUCCAAAUCAUUUUGUUUACUUGCGUGAUUCUCAAGAAUGGGUUCCAAGGCAGAAAGGGUUCUCAAUUGGAAGGCUAAUUUUUAUCCAAGUUGGUUGGGGUGAGAUAUUUUAUCUGCGUUUGCUGCUCAAUGUUCAAAGGGGUUGUAAAAGUUUUGAAAGCAUCCGCACUAUUGAUGGUGUUGUAUAUGAUUCUUUCAAGGCUGCGUGCAAUGCUCUUGGUUUAUUGAGUGAUGAUCAGGAGUUCAUUAAUGCUAUUAAAGAAACUACAGAAUUGUCAUCUGAUUUUCAGUUGCGUCAGUUGUUUGUUACACUGUUAGCAUCUAAUUCAAUGAACAAACCAGAGUUGGUUUGGAGAGACACUUGGAGAUUGUUAGCUGAUGACAUUUUAUAUUAUAGAAGACGGGAGUUGCAACUACAAGAGCUCGUGAUGACAGAAGAGGAACUUAAAGUUCUUUGUUUGAUUGAAGUUGAAAAAUUAUUGCAAAUGAAUGGCAGAAGCUUGAAAGAUUAUUCCCAAAUGCCUUUUCCUAAUCAAGAUUUGGUUUCUCAUUUCUCAAAUUCUAUGAUUAUGAAUGAGAUGAAUUAUGAUGUAGAUCAACUUCGGGAAGAACAUGAUGCGAAUUUGGACAAAUUGACAGAUGAGCAAAAACUGAUCUAUGAGAGAAUAAUUGAUACAGUUGCCAAUAAAAGACCUAGAUUCUUUUUUGUGUAUGGAUUUGGUGGAACUAGAAAAACAUUUCUGUCGAGAUUGUUGUCUUUCUGUCUUCGAUCAGAAUGGAGAAUUAUUUUAAAUGUUGCUUCUAGUGGUAUUGCAUCUUUAUUGCUCCCUAAUGGGAGGACUGCACACUCAUUGUUUUGCAUCCCCAUUGAGCUGAAUGAGGAAUAUGUUUGUAGUAUUAAGAAAGAAAGUUAG